UUUAAGCUUCCAUUAUCCUCUCUCUCUCUAUAACUCUGUCUCAAACACACAGAGUCGCCCCCUCUCUCUCUCUCUAUAACCUCCUCUCAACCGCCAAUGUCACCACCGUCGGCAAUAGCCGACGUCCACCGCGUAAUCGACCCCAAGAUCUGGCGCGCCUGCGCCGGAGCCUCCGUCCAGAUCCCCGCGCUCUUCUCCAGGGUCUACUACUACCCCCAGGGACACGUGGAGCACUGCUGCCCUUCCUCCUCCGCCGUAACAACUUCUCCGAUCGCCUGCGUCGUCUCCUCGAUCGACCUCCUCGCGGAUCCGAUCACCGACGAGGUCUUCGCGCACCUCGCGCUGCUCCCCGUGGCGGCGGCGGCGGCGGCGGCUCAGGAUCAGUUCCAGUUCCCUCCUCAAUCUCGAUUCGAAGAGGAUGGCGAGAGCGAGAAGGUUGUUACGUUCGCGAAGGUCCUCACUGCGUCUGAUGCUAAUAACGGAGGAGGAUUCUCCGUCCCGCGGUACUGCGCGGACUCCGUCUUCCCUCCCCUCGAUUUCCAGGCCGAUCCUCCGGUCCAGAAGCUCUUCAUCACCGACGUGCACGGCGGCGUGUGGGACUUCCGCCACAUCUACCGCGGAACGCCGAGGAGGCACCUCCUGACCACGGGGUGGAGCAAGUUCGUGAACAGCAAGAAGCUGAUCUGCGGAGACUCCGUCGUUUUCAUGAGGAAGUCCGUUCACGAGAUGUUUAUCGGCGUGAGGAGAGCUCCGAUCUCUAACAAAUCCGGAGGAGGAAGCUACUACGGGGACGAGUACAUCGCCGGUGGUUAUUACUACGGGGGAGGAGGAGGCGGAGCUAAGAAGGAAGACGGUGGGGAGAAGUUUAGGAGAGUUGGGAUGGGGAAGCUGACGGCGGAGGCGGUGUCGGAGGCGAUUGGGAAGGCGUCGCGGGGUUUACCGUUCGAGGUUGUUUACUAUCCGACGGCGGGGUGGUCUGAGUUCGUGGUGAGAGCUGAGGACGUCGAGGCGUCGACGAAUGUUUACUGGACGCCUGGAACGAGAGUCAAGAUGGCGAUGGAGACGGAGGAUUCCUCGAGGAUCACGUGGUUUCAGGGGAUCGUCUCGGCUACGUUUCAGGAGACGUGGAAACAGCUUCAGAUCACAUGGGACGAGCCUGAGAUUCUGCAGAACUUGAAAAGGGUGAAUCCUUGGCAAGUGGAAGUCGUUACUGCGAGCUCAACUCAGCUUCACGCCACUUACCCUCCUCCAACAAAGAGGCCGAAGUAUCCACACGCCUCAAGUGGGGUCCUGAGUGGAGAAGAAGGAGAGAUGAUCUAUUACGGAAGAGGACAACAAGCGAUGGAUCCAAUCCCCUACGGGUACACUUACACUACAGUUCCUGCCGGCAUGCAGGGAGCCAGGCAUUACGAAUUUGGGUCUUACAACAACUCAACCGGAUUCAUCGGAGAGAACGCUCAUCCUGAGUUUAACUUCUUUAGCCCUCUUCCCGGUCUGGGAAGGGUCUCGACUCAGGUGAUGAGCUUUGGCAGUCCGCCGUCGGAUGACUUGUCGCCUAAUAGCAACACCACUAAUGUUUCUUCCGGAAACGACGCAGCUGGGAACAACCGAUGCAUUAGUUUUCAGCUGUUUGGGAAGGUGAUAAACGUGCAGGAGCCUGCCGAGAGCGGUGUAGCUGAGUCUAGCUUGUGUGAAGAGGAUGGAAGCAAAGAGUCCAGUGACAAUGAAGUUCCCAAUGAGGCACAGUUGCUGGGUCGUGGAGGGAGGUGAAAGAGUCCAGGGGUGCCUAUAAGAUUCCAGCAGACACAGAGGUGAAAGGGAGUGAAAGAAUGUUGGAAUCUGUACGUCCCAAGUAGUAGUUGGUUGGUAAUACUAUAAAAAAAAAAGUAUCUUAUUGGUUUUUCUUUUCUUUGCAUUUUGACUUUCUCUGGAGGAUUUUAUCUUUGCCACGUGGCAAUCUGUGUAUUUGACCGAUUUCUGAUACACAUUCUGGAUUGAGCAUCUCGCUCUUUCCCAAUCGUUUAUUGGUUUAUUGGGGGCUAAAAUGUCUAUGGAUGAUUUUUACUUUUUAACCAUUUAUAUAGCAGUGAUUAAGACU